AUGUGGGAAAAUACUGAAUGCUCCCCGGCCAACGGGGGUUUUGUGUUACCACAAACGGGUUUGCCACCAGCAGACGGGGCUGCGAGGGUCAAACGAAAGAGGAAGAAGAACGGGAAGAGGGCAGUUUAUGACCAGUAUCUUGCGGACUCUGGUAGUGAGUGCUCUACUGAAUCAAGCGAUGGUGUGGGCGAGUUUCUGGAUGCGUACGAGUUGGAGGAGUUUGAGCCUGGCAUGGACAUUAAUAUUCUUAUUCAGCAAACUGUGCAGAAUGUCGCUCAGAGUGUCAGCUUGGAGGAUUCUGACGGCCUGUCGCAGUUUGGUGAUUACGAGUUGAUAUGCUUUGCCGCGGCGGUGAAGCAUAACAACUCCAUUCUUUCACUUCAGAUAAGGUAUCUUGACGUUUCCGACACGUCACUCGUGCCACUUUGUCGCGCGUUGGAGGGUCAUCCCUGCAUUAGGGCAUUGGAUCUAUCUGGUACGCGAGGUGGAAACGCCACUAUCAAGGCCGUGCUUCGUCUUGUCUGUACCAACCCAAAUAUUCUAUUCGUGCGGUUGGACGACACAAUGGUGGCUUCCCACGAUGCUGGUGAAAUAGAGCUUGCUACUCGAUACAAUGCACUAGCGUGUCCUGAUCCAGCCAAUAACCCGUUUCAUUUAGGACUUUUGCGCAAGAUUGGUGGUAUGGAGGAGGAGAAGCAGAAGUACAAGGAACAGCUGGCUGCGCAUUCCUGGUUGUUUUCGGAUCAUGGUGGUGGCAGUGCGAAUCAGGCACCGAAGAAGGCGAAGAAGGUUCUGUUUGCCGAGAAAAUAGCGCAGUCACGUAUCGGUGCGGAAAUCUGUGCGCAGUUCAUGAGUGGUAGGUGUAGCUAUGGCUCGCGUUGUCGGUAUAUUCAUCCUGAGAAAACAACGGCAAUUCAGAAUGCCAUAAGUGUAACUCAAUGUAAAAUGUCGAAGGAGUUGGAAGGAGAUGCAAGAUUUACAAAGGGCUCCGUCACUCUUCUUGGCUCUGGAUCCAAAAUGAGACUACAAAGCAGAUUGCGUCCUGCCAAGUUUGCACUGAAAAAGGGUGCACUUGCUUCUGUGGUGGCUGAAACAAAAGAUGCUGCUUCCACUAAUGAUGUGGAUGACGUUCCUGUGCCAGAGGUUCCGUGCUGGCGCGCAGUGUGGGUGUUUUCUGCCACUGUUAUGCUAUGCAGUGUGAUGGUGGCUGUGGCUUACUGA